GGUGGAGGGGACGGCCCAGGCGUACAUCGUCCACGGCCCCUCGGGAUUGGGGGGACUCGUGAGCCGGUGUCCCUAAACCAGGGGCUGGAGAAGACACGCCACGUCCCCUCCAAUUCCCGUAAGCACCCCUUGCUCCAUCCUACGCCCAAAUACCCCCGCUCCUCUCCCCUCCACCUCCUCACGCUUCAAACUCAGCCGGGACAGACCACAGCUGUCGCCUCCCCCACCCUGAGAAGACUGCUCAGGGCUUGCUUCACUUUCUCAGAGGGACUCGGCGACCCAAGAGCUGAUUCCUCCGGACGGACGAAGCUGCCAGAAGAGCUCUGGAAGACAGCUAGAGGCCACGAAUCCCUACUGUCGGUGGGUGCCUCGGGUGCUGUGCUGACAAUGAGUGGAUGCUUACCAGUCGUUGGCCUCCGAUGCCUGUCUAGGGACGGCGGGAUGGCUGCGCAGGGCGCACCGAGAUUCCUCUUGACCUUCGACUUCGACGAGACCAUCGUGGAUGAAAACAGCGACGACUCGAUCGUGCGCACCGCGCCGGGCCAGCAGCUGCCGGAGAGCCUGCGAGCCACCUACCGCGAGGGCUUCUACAACGAUUUCAUGCAGCGCGUCUUCAAGUACCUGGGCGAGCAGGGCGUGCGGCCCCGGGACCUGCGCGCCGUCUACGAGGCCAUCCCCCUGUCGCCUGGCAUGGGCGACCUGCUCCAGUUCGUGGCCAAGCAGGGCGCCUGCUUUGAGGUGAUUCUGAUCUCCGACGCCAACACCUUCGGCAUCGAGAGCUCCCUGCGUGCCGCCGGCCACCACGGCCUGUUCCGGCGCAUCCUGAGUAACCCCUCGGGCCCGGACUCCCGGGGGCUGCUGGCGCUGCGCCCCUUCCACAAGCACAACUGCGCGCGCUGCCCCGCCAACAUGUGCAAGCACAAGGUGCUCAGCGACUACCUGCGCGAGCGAGCCCAGGACGGUGUGCACUUCGAGCGCCUCUUCUACGUGGGCGACGGCGCCAACGACUUCUGCCCCAUGAGGCUGCUGGCGGGGGGCGACGUGGCCUUCCCGCGCCGCGGCUACCCCAUGCAUCGGCUCAUCCAGGAGGCGCAGAAGGCCGAGCCCAGCUCCUUCCGCGCCGGCGUGGUGCCCUGGGAGACGGCCGCCGACGUGCGCCUCCACCUGCAGCAGGUGCUGAAGGCGUGCUGAGGGCGGCCGCCGCAGGGGGCGGCGAGUGGGACAGACUGACUAGUGGAUGAUGCCCCCUUCCCUUUCGCUCGCUCGGGGACCGCACUGCUGCGGGGGGAUUGCGGCCUCUUCUCGUUGGGAGGUGGGAGAGGGGGGGUUCGGAGCGGUCUCUAUCUAUGCAGUUCUCCAGCUCUGCCGCUACAGUAGCAUCCGGUGCUUGGCCAACCCAGGCGGGGCGCGCUCCUUGGAAGGGCUUCCGUGGCAGAGGCGAGAAGUGACAGCUCUCGCUGCUUUAACUGCCCCUUCCCUGGUCUUCUCUCAAGGAGACCUAGAGUCCGGAAGUCCUCUAGGGCCCAGCCACCUAUGGUUCACGCUACUCCCAUUGGAGAGAAGAUGCUCCCUCCGCCGACGACCCCAGGCCUCUUCCACCUUGCUUCACCCACGAUCGCACACUAUUGCUAAACGGGCAUCCCACCCACCCGCCAGCACCCCACCCAAGGAAAACAAGCCAGAGGAAACAGUCACCGCCUGGUGGUGCCACGAGGUGGCGCACCGUCCGGCUCCGAGGACCCUGGCAGCCUGCGGCAGUGCCGCCGCCUCUCACCCCCAGCCUCGUCUAUGCAGCAAGAGACCAGGGACUUUUACCAAAGUCGCCCCCGUGGGCUAGGCCCUUCGAGCCUCCCCCUCCCACAGCCCCGUGUGGAACAGAAAGCCAUGAUGUUUUUAAGCAGAGCCAUCAAAACUCCUUCCUCUUUGGUGUUGGGAGCUAUAAAGAAGGCGAAGGGGGAGGAA